AUGUGCUCCACCAAUUUCGCUGCGUACAUCGAAGCCUUACGAGCACAUCCUUUGGCAGUGAAAGCAGCACCCAUGCCGCCCUGUCCACUGGCUAAUCAAGUAACGAUUAAAACACAUUCCAUUGCUAUCAAUGGUGUCGAUCGCAUGAUUCAGCAGACGGGCAUGAUAGUCCCAGAGAACGCCUACCUAUUCAUUCUUGGCAAUGACAUCGCUGGAGAAGUCGUCGCGGUUGGUAGCUCUGUUUCAAAGGUCAAGCCAGGAGAUCGUGUUGUUGCUUAUGUGGACAAGGGAUACUUUCAAUUAUUUACCACAGUUGAAUAG